CAGCACUUGAGCAAUGAACACUCCACUCAUUCGACGGGCAAAGUUUGCAUGAGUGAUACAUAUGCAUAGCAUGGUUCAAUAAUGAAGUUUUUUAUAUUUAUGUUUAUAGUUUCGUAUACGAAACCUUUGUGGGCGGACAAGCCAUGUGCUGCGAGGCAGAUAGAAGACGAGUCAGUGGUGUGUGUAUGCAACUCGAGCUACUGCGAUGACAUCAUCAGGGAGCACCCUGCGGACGGCACAUAUGUCGUGUACACAUCCUCAAAGAGUGGUCUACGUUUUCAAAAACGUAUAAGCCAAUGGAGUGAUGGCGAACUUAGCCGCAGACUCACCCUGGAAUUGGACCCAACAAAACAAUACCAAACUAUUGAGGGAUUCGGUGGAUCAGUAACAGACUCAGCUGCGAUUAACUGGAAAAGUCUUCUUCCAGUGCUACAGGAUUCUUUGAUAGAGUCUUACUUCGGGGAAAAUGGCCUAGAAUAUAAUAUGGUGCGGACUCCUAUUGGUGGUGCCGACUUCUCGAUUCGUACCUACGCCUACAACGAGCUCCCAUUGAAUGACGCAUCCCUUACCAAUUUCACUUACACUCCAGAGGACAUAAUUUACAAAAUUCCGAUGUUCAGAUCGAUCAUGAAUGUGGCAAAGACACCGGUCCACACAGUCGCUACGACUUGGUCACCGCCCGUGUGGAUGAAGACUAACAACAACUAUUCAGGCUUCAGUCAACUGAAACCUGAGUACUACCAGACCUACGCUAACUACCAUUUAAAAUUUAUUGAAUUGUACACAUCAGCAGGCAUUCCGAUUUGGGCAAUCACUACAACGAAUGAACCAAUUAACGGAAUAUUGGCACUUGCUCCAUUCAAUUCACUUGGAUGGACCGUGAAAAACAUGGGAAAAUGGAUCUCGGACAACCUCGGGCCAACAAUACGUAACUCGAUAUUUCAGAGUGUGAAAAUAAUUACAGGCGACGACCAGAGAGUUACAGUGCCUUAUUGGUUUAAUAUGUUGGUCACUUUUACUCCUGAAGCGUUAAAUUACAUAGAUGGCCUUGGAGUGCACUAUUACACAGACAAAUUCGUUCCUCCUGCCGUAUUCGAGACAGUGACUUUAACACAUCCUGAUAAAUUUAUUCUCGCAACUGAAGCGUGUGAAGGCAGCUUUCCUUGGCAGAGCCGUAAAGUUAUUUUAGGAUCAUGGGAUAGAGCAAAAGCAUAUAUACUCGAUAUAUUACAGGAUCUUAAUUACAAUUUGGUCGGAUGGAUUGAUUGGAACCUGUGUUUAGAUAUGCAAGGAGGGCCAAACUGGUCGAACAACUUUGUCGAUUCUCCAAUAAUUGUGGACAAAAACCGACAGGAGUUUCUCAAACAGCCGAUGUUCUACGCGAUGGGACAUUUCGCAAAAUUCAUUCCACGUGGUUCCGUUCGCAUCCACAUGAGCGAAAAGCAUGGCGGCAUCCUCCCGUCAAGUAUAUACAAAAUCGCCUUCUUUACACCAAAGAAUACAAUUAUCGUUAAUAUUUACAACGACGGCAAAACACGAAGUAUCAACCUGCGAGUUGGACAACAGCAGACAAGCUUACUUCUAGAAGCCGACUCUAUUACCACCGUGGAAUUUCCUUAUACGUUAUAAUUAAAUUAUUAAAUAAAAAAAAAUGUAAGUAUAGAUAAAUUAAU